AUGACUACCACACAACUCGAGACGCCAUCUAGUGGCAAGUACACUCAACCUACAGGAUUGUUCAUUAACAAUGAGUGGGUAAAAGGUGUUGACGGCAAGACCUUCGAGACCAUCAACCCUUCCACAGAAGAAGUUAUCUGCUCAGUCGCAGAAGCCACAGAGAAGGAUGUCGAUAUCGCAGUAGCUGCUGCACGAAAGGCAUUCGAGGGACCAUGGAAGAAGGUUACACCAGAAGAGCGAGGCAGAUUGCUUGUGAAGCUCGCAGACUUGGUUGAGAAGAACCUCGAUCUUUUGGCUGCUGUCGAAGCUCUCGAUAACGGCAAAGCUCUCAGUAUGGCCAAGGUAGAUGUUGGUAUGGUUGCUGGAUGUUUGAGAUACUAUGGCGGUUGGGCCGACAAGAUCGAGGGCAAGGUUAUCGAUACAAACCCAGAUACUUUCUCAUACACAAGACAUGAACCUGUUGGUGUUUGCGGGCAAAUUAUCCCAUGGAAUUUCCCAUUGCUCAUGUGGUCAUGGAAGAUCGGUCCAGCAGUUGCCACUGGUAACACAGUUGUCCUCAAGACCGCUGAACAGACUCCUCUUUCCGCUCUCGUCGCUGCGAAUUUGGUCAAGGAGGCCGGUUUCCCACCAGGAGUUAUCAACAUCAUUUCUGGAUUUGGAAAGGUCGCUGGUGCUGCUAUCUCAUCGCACAUGGAUGUUGAUAAGGUCGCUUUCACUGGAUCUACCGUCGUGGGUCGCCAAAUCAUGAAGGCUGCUGCUUCGUCGAACUUGAAGAAGGUCACUCUCGAACUUGGAGGUAAAUCACCAAAUAUCGUUUUCAACGAUGCGGAUAUUGAGAAUGCUAUUUCCUGGGUCAACUUUGGUAUUUUCUUUAACCACGGCCAGUGCUGCUGUGCCGGUUCCCGCAUCUACGUUCAGUCAGGUAUUUACGACAAAUUCGUCGAGCGAUUCAAGGCUCGUGCUACAGCCAAUAAGGUCGGAGACCCGUUUGGGGAUGAUACCUUCCAAGGCCCCCAAGUCAGUCAGCUUCAGUUUGAUCGCAUCAUGGGUUACAUUGAGGAGGGUAAGAAAGAGGGUGCUACCGUUGUUACCGGGGGUGAACGUCAUGGUGACAAAGGAUACUUCAUUCAGCCAACCAUCUUCUCUGAUGUUAAGGAGGACAUGAAGAUCAUGCAAGAGGAGAUCUUUGGACCAGUCUGCUCUAUUGCUAAGUUCGAGACUGAGGAGGAUGCUAUCAAGGUUGGUAACGGCUCCACCUACGGUCUCGCGGCUGCAGUUCACACCACCAACUUGAACACCGCGAUCAGAGUUGCCAACUCCCUUCGAGCGGGUACCGUCUGGGUCAAUCAAUACAACAUGCUCCAUCAUACAACCCCGUUCGGUGGGUACAAGUCAUCAGGCCUGGGUAGAGAGCUUGGAGAAGAGGCGUUAUUCAAUUACACAGAAACAAAGUCGGUGGCCAUCCGUUUGGGCGACGCUCUCUUCGGUUAA